AUGGGGAAACGGAGUGGCGAGUCGUGGCAAAUUGGCGACCGAUGCAUCCGACAAAACCAGGCAGAUCUCCGAAAGAGAUACCAUCUCAACUCUACAGGCAUCGUGGGGUUCUAUCGAGUCUACACGCCAGCUACCAUCCGCCAGUUCGGAGCCGAAAUCUUCUCAUUCACUACCUCGUUCGUUGAUAGACCCGCUUGCGGAAGGUCUGGACUAUCGAUCGAGGAGAUAUAUGGCCUAUUGGACCUCGUUCUCUAUGACAUCCCGAACCGAAACCCGUUCCGCCAGCUGAUUGCGAUUGCGUAUAAGCAGCCAAUCUUAAUGGAGACCAUCGUCGCUAAUUCAGCUUUGCACAUGUCAAACACUUAUCAACGGCUGCCACAAUCUUCAGUUAUGUCAGCCAUGAUAGUCUCGACUCAGAGGAGCACAAGCUUACGGAGAUCUCUAUUAACGGAGCGAUGCGGGCCGGACCUGCCGGAGAUUAUCCACGACGCACUUAUGGCUAAGCAGCAGGCACUCGGUAUGCUUCAGUCUGCUCUGGAAGAUAUGGCCACAGUAAACGUUGAUUUGAUCCUCGCGGUGGUGCUCCUCCUCAUUUCGUGCGAGCUUAUAGACUCUGGGCAAGGCAACUGGAUGUUUCACAUCAGUGGUGCCAGAGUGAUCAUUGAGAAGCUCAUUGCAACUGCAAUGGCAACGGAGACUGCAUGGAGUCCACUUUGCAGCAGUUUGAUAUCAAACUGCUUAGUGUAA